CUAGAAUAUAAAGUUUAAAGCCAGCCAAAAUAUUAACACGAUACAAACAAAAACCCUAAGAACACUGAAUAAAAAACAGAAAGACAUACGAGGAACGAUGCUCGGGAAAAGCCAGUGUUUCACCGGUACGGAAUUCAAAACUGAGAAUGCGGCCGGCAGGAAGUCCACCAAAAUAGGCAUCCUAACCAAGAUGAAGAAGGGCCAGACCAAGAACCUGUUCCACUUUCCCCUGGGCUUUGAUAUAAGCUCCACCUUGGUCAAUGAACGGGUGUCCGUGAAUCGGGACUAUGGAAACAUGCACGCCAAGGGGGCGUCCACUCCGUAUCCGCAGAAGACCCAGUCGAUAGAUGAGAUGGCCCUGGCGGCCAAACUGGAGUCGGAUAGUCUGACCCAGUCGGGGUCGAGCAACACCUCCCUGUGCACCUCACAAUUAAAAAGCGUGGCAAUAUUGACACCCGACAUGACCUUUCAAAUGCGACGCAAACUCUUUGACGAGGGCGAGUUUACGGUCUGCAAGGGUCGCAAGAUGAGCGACGUCUACCAUAGAAGGGAACACAAUCGGGAGGACUUGACCACACCCAUCCAGCGAAAGGAGGCCAGGAGUACACCCUAUAGCAACUACAAAGACGUUAAGGAGUACUGCGAUGUGAACAACAUUAAAUUAACCCAGGGAUUCGGCGGCUAGCGACUCUGCGGCUUGUGGUUCUCAAUUGUUGUCAUCGAAUAAAGAGCGGGAAUAAAGUGCAGGAGCUGGGAUCUGCUCCAGCUCCGCGUCACCACCA